AAAAUUCUUGCGCCUCACUUAUAUAUCUUGUACAGUCUGGUGGGUUCAUGUCUUCGAUUUAUCCCCAGCUUGCAGCCUCUUGUGUAACUCAUGAGUGUGCUGUAGGAGUAGCAGAAGAGGAGAGGAUGUUGCAACCUGCAGAUGACCAUCUGGUGUGGGGAUCAGACGGAAGAAAUUUUAUGACAGCUUCUUCUCCUGAUCAUUUCAUACCCAAACAGCUUCUGCUUUUUGAUCCUACCUCUCAUUCUCAAUACCCAGCUCCCAUUUUCUUCAGCCAACACCAGAGCCUAGAGCAAGAUAAGGUGGCUGCGCAACGCAUCUCAGGUGGGUUGAAUGACACAACAAACUAUGAUCAUGGCAUGAUCUUGGAUGAUCCAUUGACAAGCAAACCCCACAUGACAAAUGAUCACAACCAUCAUCAUGUUUACAUAAAAACGGCACAUGAUCCACUUCAUCAUCAUGAUCGUGUAUAUCCUCAUGACCAUCAAAGGUUAUCUAGCAGCUACAAUUACAACAAUACAGUGAGAACAUGUGUCGACUGCAACACGACCAAGACACCUCUAUGGAGAAGUGGCCCUCUCGGACCGAAGUCCCUAUGCAAUGCUUGUGGGAUCAGGCACCACAAGGCAAGACGGGCUAAAGCGGCGGCAGCAGCAGCGGCGGCAACAGAAGCUCAAGGCGGAAGUCAUGAUCCUUUCCCUGUAACAAAUAAGCUGAAGAAGCAGAAGAGAGGAGAACUUAAAUCAACUGGCCAUUGCAAGAGGAAGAACAAGAUCUUCACCACGCCACGUAGAAGGAAAAACCUUUGCUUUGAGCUGGACUUGAACUGUGAGAUUGAAGAUGAUCAGAACUUGGAGUACUCCACAACUGCAGAAACUCUUGAUUUCGCAAUGGAAUUGAGCAAGGCGAAGCCUUUCAAGAGAGUAUUCCCGGAGGACGAAGAACAAGCCGCAAUUUUGUUAAUGGCUCUUUCCUGUGGACUUGUUCAUGGUUGAAACCUAAACCAAAUGUGGUUAAUGAAAACACCAGUUUGGUUUUCUGUGUACUACUAUUAUUACAUCGAGGCUCUUCUUAAUGCGGUCAUAACCCAUCAAUAAAUAAAGAUCACUCAAUCUUCAAGAUAA